CGUACAUUCAACACUUUGCAUACAACCAAAGGGUACUUUUGAAAUACUCACCUCUUCUAGGAUGUACGAAUCAACAAUAACGUUCACAUUUGACACGAUAUGUCCGUGGACAUACUUAUCGAAAAAAAGACUGGACAAAGCAAUUUCCAAACUUGACUCGAAAGACGUAACUUUCCACCUACGUCUUGCACCAUACCAGCUCUACCCAACUAUGGCCUGCACAGGCGAGGUCAAGAGGGAAUGGUACACGCACGAGAAAUACAACUCGGACCCAGCCAAGUUCAAACUUUAUGAGACCGUGAUGGACUCUUAUGCUACUGCCCUUAACUUCAAGUUCAACUGGGACGGGCAGGUGGCCAACACCGUAGAUGCGCACCGCGUGAUCCAGAUCUUUCAGGGUACGGCAGAACAGUUCGAAGACAACCCUGUCGUGUUUGAGGACGGGCAGAAAUCCAGGGAAAAGUAUGGACCGGAGACAGCGAAUAGAAUCCUGGCAGCGCUGUACAGGCAGUAUUUCGAAGAAGGGAAGCACCCCAGCAGCGACGCGACCCUGUUGGCGGCUUGUCAGGAAGCAGGGGUGGAAGAAGUUGAUGCGCGGCGGGUUGUCGUCGAGGAAAGAGAUAUGGGGAGGAGGGAGAUUGGCCAGAUGGUUAAAAUGGCAGGAAUCGACGGGGUCGACUCGGUGCCGACGAUUAUCUUUGAAGGCCGGAGGAGGGAUUUGACGCUUGUAGGUGCUAAGGAGGUCGAAGAGUAUGAGAAAGCACUCGCUACUAUAGUUAAGGAAAGUAUCUAAUAAUCCAGAAAAAGAAUACUUUCGCAUAAUCUAACAUGACUGAAGUGGCAAAAGCCAUGGAGUAACACCGAGUAGCAGUGGUCGGUCACUAGUUCAGUUUAAAUCAGGAAAGGAGAUCAUAC